GAUGUUGUCGCAGAAGACUGUUGCAGACUGUCUUAUCAGUUUCCAAGUUACUUUUGAGGUCCUCCUUAGAUAGUGACUGGGCGGGUGCAAGUGGAGGAGUUGGCACUAUAUAAACCGAAUUUACCAUCAGAUCUAGUCUCUGUAGUUUAACAGCGGGAUCCUGCUUGAAACGGAAGCUUCUUUUUGCAGACAGCGCUGAAAUCACCGUCAAACAUGAAUAAAGAAGACGACAUGAAGGACGUAGAACUGAACGAGAUGGAUCAGGAAAAACAACCGAUGACCGGAGAAACUCCGACAGGCACGGAAAAAAACGGCUGCGUAAAGGUCAAAGUUCCUGAGGACACAGAAGUCAAAUUUACGGGGCUCUCCAAAGAGGAGUUGAUGAAAGUCGCCGGUACAACUGGGUGGGUUCGGACUCGUUGGGCCUUGCUGGUUCUGUUCUGGCUCGGCUGGGUUGGCAUGUUAGCUGGAGCAAUAGUGAUCAUAGUACAGGCCCCACGCUGUAAACCCAUCCCUGAGAUGAACUGGUGGAACGAAGGUCUUCUGUAUCAGAUAUCUGACGUCAGUGCUUUCUCUGACAAUGGACUGAAAGGAGUGGAGGAGAAGCUGGACUAUCUGAGCCAGAUGAAGGUGAAGGGGCUUGUUUUGGGUCCGAUACACACCGUGCAAGCAGACCAGUCGAGCACACUGGAACUAACUUCCAUUAACCCUGAAUUUGGCCCUGAAAGUCAGCUGACUUCUCUGUUGGACCGAGCACAUAGAAAAGGAAUCUCCAUAGUGCUGGAUCUAACUCCUGAUUAUGAGGGUGUUUCAGCCUGGUUCAACAAUGCUGCUACUGUUGCUGAGCGACUCAAAGAAGCUUGCGUAUACUGGCUCAGUAAGGGGGUGGAUGGCAUCUUCUUGUCUCAUCUGAAUGACAUCGCAAACACAGAAGCCUGGCCGUCUAUUCAAGGCAUAUUCAACAGAACUGACGGGACCAAAAAAACAGCUCUGAUGGGAUCAGUCACCGGCCUUUCUGUGGAUGAAGUCUCUGUCCUGCUGAACCGCUCAGGUGUUGACCUGCUCCUAACUGGACUGCCUGAUCCGGCUCAGUCCGGCAUAAAACAGGCCCAGGAAAUACAGAUGCUCUACUCUGGUCACCUGCAGACGAGUCUGGGCUGGAGUCUGAGUGGACGGACUCUGGGCUCUUUGGCUUCCAGAACUCCAGCAGUGCCAGUGAAGCUCUUUCACACCCUGCUGUUCACACUGCCCGGCACACCUGUGCUCAAAGCUGGAGAUGAGGUCGGACUGAAGACAGGGGAGAAACUUGAAGCGAUGUGGGACUUGGAAAGUAAAGCAGAAGAUGCCAAUACAACAGCAAAGACUGUACAGGAAGAGCAUACCGCAGUGCGUGACUUCUUUAAAGCACUCAGUGAUCUGAAAGGAAAAGAGCGAUCGCUUCUGCAUGGAGAAUAUGUCAGCCUUUACAGUUCACCCACUUCAUUAGCAUUUCUCCGCCUUUGGGAUCAGAGCGAACGCUUUCUGGUCGCCUUAAACUGGGGAAAUGACUCUGUUACCAUGAUGCUGACCAAUAGCGACCUGCCAGCCGAGGCUCGGGUCCGUGCCACCACAGAUGCAGAGAAUCUAGCUGUGGAUAGCAAGGUGCCAGUAGAGAAGUUAGAGCUUGGGCCCAAACAGGCUGUUCUGUUAUCUUAUCCUUUUCCUGGCUAGACACACACACACACACAUAGACAGUCCUUAAUGUCUCAGAUCAGUCUCAACACUGUGUUUGGAAAGUCUUUGUCUUUUGAGUAGAAGAGUUUACAUUGAAGUUUUAAUUGUAUUCUCAAAUAGGAAUACUUUUAGGAGCACUAACUUUGAAGCAAUGAAUGGCCAAUUGUCAUAGUUGUUGUAGAAUAGAAGAUGAUCUCCAUACAGAGACAUGUAGAUCUAAAGCCCUGCUAUAAUAAAAAACAAAAUGGCAACUGUU